AUGGAGAAGAGAAACAGAGAGUUGGCUAAAGAAAAUGCAGAGCUCAAAAGAAGGAUAGGGACUAUGAGAAGAACUGAAGGAGAGUUACUUAAGGAUAGCAUAAAGAAGGGAUAUCUUGGAUCUAGAAUGUGCAAAAGAAUCUCUGUGGAACUUGAAAAAAACAUCACCACCAUUGAAGGCGUACUGGGCAACCUUAAGGAGCUUAGAGAGGAUAUCAUUGAAGGUGGAUAUAGAGAGACACUAGGAGACAAGCUGAACCUACAGGGGUGA